AUGACCAUUUCUCAAACGCCCUUCAUCUCCCUCCUCCUCCUUCUCUUUGCCUUCUUCACGCCAACCCAUCAAAAUGUUUCAGUCUCUCUAUCCAAAACCACUCUAUCCAAAUCCGGCGACUCAGUCCUCAUCCAAUGGUCCGGCGUCGACUCACCUUCCGACCUCGACUGGCUCGGCAUCUACUCACCCCCUUCCUCCCACCACGACAACUUCAUCGGCUACAAGUUCCUCUCCUCCAGCCCCACCUGGAAAUCCGGCUCGGGCUCCAUUUCCCUCCCCUUAGUCAACCUCCGAUCCAACUACUCCUUCCGGAUCUUCCGCUGGGCCGAAGCCGAGAUCGACCGGAAGCACCUCGACCAAGACCACAACCCUCUCCCAGGAACCGCCCACCUACUCGCCACGUCGGACGAUGAGCUCACCUUCGAAUCGGGUCGGGGCCCGGAUCAGAUCCACCUGUCCUACACCGACGCAGACGACGAGAUGCGGGUCAUGUUCCUGACGUCAGACGCCGGGGAGACGACGGUUCGAUACGGUCCGAGCGACGACUCGCUUGAUGACGUGGCAGUGGCGCAUGUGGAGAGGUACGAGAGGGAGCACAUGUGCGAUUCUCCCGCCAACGCUAGUAUCGGGUGGAGAGACCCCGGGUUCAUUCACGGUGCGGUCAUGACUCGGUUGAAAAAAGGCGUCAGAUAUUAUUACAAGGUUGGGAGUGACAAUGGAGGUUGGAGCAAAACGCAGAGCUUCGUGUCACGAAACAGGGAUUCGGACGAAACGACGGCGUUCAUGUUCGGCGACAUGGGCACUGCAACGCCUUAUGCGACGUUUUCUCGGACCCAAGACGAGAGCAUUUCCACAGUAAAAUGGAUCCUCCGGGACAUUGAAGCUCUCGGUGACAAGCCGGCUUUUGUGUCCCAUAUCGGAGACAUAAGCUAUGCAAGAGGCUACUCUUGGUUGUGGGAUCAAUUUUUCAGUCAAAUUGAACCUCUUGCGUCCAAGUUGCCUUACCAUGUUUGCAUUGGCAAUCACGAGUAUGACUGGCCCUUGCAGCCAUGGAAACCAGAGUGGGCAAGCAUGUAUGGGAAAGAUGGAGGUGGUGAAUGUGGGGUGCCGUAUAGUCUUAAGUUCAACAUGCCUGGAAACUCAUCGGAACCAACCGGAACUGGUGCUCCGGCUACUCGAAAUCUUUACUAUUCGUUCGAUGUUGGCUCUGUCCAUUUUGUGUACAUAUCUACUGAGACCAAUUUUGUUCAAGGAAGCAAGCAACUUGAAUUUAUUAAGCGUGAUUUGGAGGCGGUGGAUAGGAGGAAGACACCUUUUGUGGUGGUGCAGGGACAUAGGCCAAUGUACACAACCAGCAAUGAGAGAGGCGAUGCUCCUUUGAGGGAGAAAAUGCUGGAGCACUUGGAACCUUUGUUUGUGAAGAACAACGUGACUCUGGCGUUAUGGGGACAUGUACACAGAUAUGAGAGGUUUUGUCAGUUGAAUAACUAUACUUGCGGGAGUGUGGGGCCUGUUCAUGUUGUGAUUGGGAUGGCAGGACAAGACUGGCAGCCCAUAUGGGAGCCUAGACCGGAUCACCUAACUGACCCGAUCUACCCACAGCCUGAGCGGUCUUUGUACCGCGGUGGUGAAUUUGGGUACACUAGGUUGGUUGCUACAAAGCAGAAGCUUACACUUUCUUAUGUUGGCAACCAUGACGGAAAAGUGCACGAUACACUGGAGAUUCUGGCGUCCGGACAAGUUCUCGGCGUUAAUGGAGCUGGUAUCAAAGCUGUUGAUAGCAGUAGUGGUGGUGCUGGUGGGCCUGGAGUUAUUGGGGACAGUGGGGAGUCUACAUUCUCUUGGUUUGUGAAGGGAGCAAGUCUGGUGGUGCUUGGGAUAUUUGUAGGCUAUGUUGGGGGUUACAUUUCAUAUGCCAGGAAAAAGGAUGGCACUGGAAAUGUCUGGACCCCUGUGAAGAGUGAGGAUAUGUGA